UUUAUUAAUUUUAGCAAAAUAUAAAUUAAUAUAUUUUGCAUUAUAAAAUACUGUGAUCGCGGCAACACCGCAUUUCGUUGUAGUAUAUGCAUACGUUGGUAGCAUUUGCUGUCAAUAGUUAUUCGUAUGUGCAAAGAACAUCACGAUCACGCAAUGAAAAAUCUUUGCAAUUCCAAUGUUUUACAAGCGGUUUCGCGAAAACGAAAGAGUGUGCAAGACUCCGUCGUUGGUCAGCCACACAACAAAGUGCUCAAGAAAAAGCGUUUUAUGUGGAAAAGAAAAGUUGUUACAAAGUCAGUGUACGAACAACGAUUGGCACAAAGCAGAACAGGCCGAACUAAUAGUAAAAAGCAAGAAACAGAGCAAAGUGGAGAAAAGGAAGAAACACAGACAGAGAUUUCUUCUUCGCAGAUUUCCGAAAAAGAAAUAAAUCCUGACGAGCUUCAUGAAGACGCUGAAAAACCUGCAGAAGGACGUCGCAUUGUUGACUUAUAUUUUCUCGGGACACAGUUAUGGUGUACAUUCUGUAAAGAAUGUCUAUCAUUAGAAAAUAUUGAAAAUGAACAACGUCGAGGCCUUGGUUCUUCACUAUUGGUACGCUGCCAUAAAUGCUUACUCAUUAACUCCAUCGUCACAGGAAAGCAACACUCACCAAAAGAAAGUUCAAGACGUAAUUCACGAUUUGACAUCAAUACAAAACUUGCAGUAGGAUUGUUACAUAGUGGAAUUGGCUACUCAAACUUAAAAAAACUUUUAGCUUGCUUAAAUAUUCCACCAAUAUCUUUUGAAACCUUGAAAAGAUAUGAAGUAGAAGCUGGACAAGCAAUGGAAGCAACUGCGAAAGAAAGCUGUGAGCGUGCCGUACAGUUAGAACGACAGUUGACCGUAGAAAAUGCAGAAAUGAUUGAACAACAAUUGUAAUUUUUAUUUUAACAAAAUAUUUUUUGUUAGAAUGGAAUUUUGAACUGAGAAAAUUGCAUAUAAUCAUG